AGAGCGAGGCAUUCUGGUUUUUCCCUCCGUCAGACCUGAAAGUGAAAAGUAAGCGCAGAUCAGAGCAAAGCCGAAAUGCAUCGUCUCAUCUUUGGGCAUUCUUUCGUUGAGCUCGCGGCGGUGAUCCUUCUCCUGGGGCUAGCGUUCUAUUUCCUCAAUAAGAAGAAAGCAAGUGUGCAUGGAAAUACAGAAGAUGCUGAUACGGGCACAUCUGGUUCGUUGACUACACCAAAAAAAACUAAUUCCGGUGGAUCUAGUUCAUCUCCGACAGAAACUAGCAACAUUGGAUCUAGUUCGUCUCCAGCGACCGAUACUUCUGUAGGAUCUAGUUCGUCUCCGACAGGAACUAAGUCCAUUGCAUCUAGCUCAUCUCUGACAGAAGCUAACAAUGGUGCAUCUAGUUCGUUAGCUGCUUCGACUGGAAACUGCUACGAGGUGUUCUUGAGCUUCAGAGGCCCAGAUACUCGAAAAGGCUUUACCGAUCACCUCUACAAUGGGCUCCUCGAUGCCGGAAUUGACGUUUUCAGAGACGAUGAUGAGCUCCCCCAAGGCGAGAACAUCAGACCAGAGCUUUUGGCAGCUAUCACGAACAGUAAAAUCCUGAUCCCCAUUCUCUCCGUGAAUUAUGGCACAAGCAGUUGGUGCCUGGAUGAACUAGUUAAAAUAAUAGAUUGCAAAAAUAAUAACGGGCAGAUAGUUUUGCCUAUAUUCUAUAAAGUGAAACCAGCUGACGUGGGACAUCAAAUCGGGAGUUUUGGAGAAGCAUUUCAUAAGCGUGAGAGUCGUUUGCUUGAGAGGCGUUUCGACCCGACGAUUCUGAAGAAAUGGAAGCAAGCACUCCUUGAAGUCAGCACCUUGAAAGGAUACGAAGCCGCGGGGGAACAGAAAAGAUUGAGGCGAUUAUUCUGAGUGAAGGCAGCUCAAAAGUCUCCGGCAAAACAGCUGAGCGA